UGGCAGCACCGGAGCCGCGCGGAGCUGCCCGGCCGCCUGCCGUCCUCCCCGGGGUUCCGCCAGCGCCCGAGCCCGGCCACCGGGCCGAGCAAGCGGCGGCCGAGCCAUGUCUGGCAGGGUGGAGAAAGCAGAUUCUCAGCGUUCUCAUCUCUCUUCGUUCACCAUGAAACUAAAGGACAAAUUCCACUCGCCCAAAAUAAAAAGGACGCCAUCGAAGAAAGGAAAGCAGCCUGACCUAGUGGUGAAAUCCCCCGAAAAGGUCGUGAACAAGAACUUGAGUUGGCUGGAAGAGAAGGAGAAGGACGUCGUGAGCGCCUUGCGUUACUUCAAGACCAUCGUGGACAAAAUGGCCAUUGAUAACAAAGUGCUGGAGAUGUUGCCAGGAUCAGCCAGCAAAGUCCUGGAAGCCAUCUUGCCUCUCGUUCAGACGGAUCCACGGAUUCAGCAGAGUUCCGCCAUCACUUCCUGUUACAGCCGCGUGUAUCAAAGCUUGGGGAAUCUGAUUCGAUGGUCCGAUCAGGUGAUGCUUGAAGGCAUCAACUGCGAAGACAAAGAGGUGGUGAAUACAGUGAAGGGAGUUAUCAAGGCAGUCCUGGAUGGAGUUAAGGAGCUGGUGAAGCUCACAAUUGAGAAGCAGGAACACCCAUCUCCCACCAGCCCUGUGAAGCCCACCUUACCUGUGGCUACAGCGGACAGCCAGUUGGAGCUUCCCUUGACGGAUCGUGAGAUGGAGAUCCUCAACAAAACAGCGGGGUUGACUCCGACCGCAGAAGCAUUGGCAGAUGCCACCGACGAAGAGGUCGCCCCACCGAAACCGCCCCUUCCUUGCAUUCGGGUGGCUGAAAACAGCCUCCCACCAGCCUUGCCCCCUAAGAAACGUCAGUCGGCGCCCUCUCCUACGCGAGUGGCCAUCGUAGCCCCCAUGAGCCGAACGACCAGUGGUUCCAGUUUACCCAUUGGGAUCAACAAACAGGAAUUUGAAAAUGACUGCUACCCUCAACGGAGGCUGUCGGGGGGCAGCCAGUCCUAUGGAGGGGAAUCUCCUCGCCUCUCGCCCUACAGCAGCAUGGGGAAGCUGAGCAAAUCGGACGAACAACUGUCCUCGUUGGAUUGCGACAGUGGGCAGUGCUCGCACAACACAAGCUGUGAAACGUUAGAUCAUUACGAUCCUGAUUACGAGUUCUUGCAGCAGGAUCUCUCGAACACCGACCAGAUCCCCCAGCCGGGGCUUGGCGUGCUCAGCCCUUUGCCAGAGGGCCUGCGGGAAUCUGCCUCUCCGUUUCAUGGACAAUCUUUCCAACUUCCAGAGAAUUGUACCUCCCCAACCGCUGCGCCGGCUGUUGAGGUCCCACCAGCUCUUCCCGAGAAGAAGCGGAGAGGGACACCAGCUUCUGCCUUCGACGUCUCCGGUUGUCGGGUCCUCCUGGAGAGGCACCCUUCGCAAUACGACAACAUUUCGGAGGAGGACUUAAGCGUCCCGACGCUCUUGCCCUGGGUGUUCACCCCUUUUGCGGCUGUCCUGCCCUAUCAGCCUGGAAAGCCAGCUCCCCCUGUUGAAUUCCUGGCUGAUUUCUCCGGUUCCAACGUGCCCAGAGAAUCUGAGGAACCUCCGCCUCUGCCCGAGAAGAAAAACAAACACAUGUUGGCCUACAUGCAGUUUGUAGAGGACUACUCUGAACCUCAGCCUUCCAUGUUCUACCAGACCCCGCAGAACGAGCACAUCUACCAGCAGAAGAAUAAGCACCUUAUGGAGGUUUAUGGAUUCAGUGACUCCUUCAGCAGCACGGUCUCCGGCCAGGAUCUGGCCCCACCUCCAGCUCUCCCACCCAAACAGAGGCAACUGGCUAUUUUCCCUGCUCCCUUCUCUUCUGUCUCCUACUGUGUCCAGCCAUCUAAGGGCCCCCUGGCCUCCGAGGAGGUCGGCCCGGGCCAGGGUCUCAGCGUGUCCGUCUCUAACUCCUUCCUCCAGCAGAACAGUUCCUUUCCCGCGCACUCGUACAAAUCGGUCUUCAGGUCUUUCUCCCAAGACUUCGUGCCUCGCGGCCGAGUUCCCACCGUCCCUCCUUUUCUUACAUCUACCUCGGCCACUUCCUCCUCUCCUCAGACUUUUCCACCUGCGCACCAGGCUCCGAACUCGGACCCGCCGGCGGCGCCAGCCACGUCUGGCCUGCCCCUUGGCACCAUGGAGCGGCCAUCUUCUUCUUCUUCUUCUUCUUCCUCCUCCUCCUCCUCCUCUUCUUCUUCUCAAGACAGCAACAUAAACAAGACUGUUUCUGUCUCGCUUUCUUCUGAGCCCUCUUUCGCCAAACCUCUCCAGAAGUCUUCGAGUGACAACGUUGGCGAGGUAACCACCGGGGAGGGUGAAUACGUCAAUCUGUAUUCCUCGGGUCAAAGCAAUGGGGACCUUCUCCCUGCCUACUCUGAAGGAGAAACCCCAAUAAUUAAGGAUGACCACACAAAAGAUUCUACGUCGCUGAGUGGGAGCCCAGGGAAGGAGAAACACGAGAGCGAAAGACCGCAGAAGUCACUGGAAUCUUUGGAAAACCUGCAGAUGGAGGAGGAAGUGGAUGAAUUGUCCCUUGUUAACCACACCGAAAUCAUAUCCAGGCUGACCUUGAAACAGGAAGGUGAUGAUGGUCCCGACGUCCGCGGUGGGUCAGGAGACAUCCUUCUGGUGCACGCGACGGAGACGGCCACUGUGGAGGGGACGGUGAAAGAUCUGGUGCUCUACUGCGAAGCCUUCUUAACAACUUACCGAACGUUUAUUUCCCCAGAAGAGCUUAUAAAAAAGCUACAAUACCGAUAUGAGAAGUUUUGCCACUGUCCAGACAACAAUAAGAAACGCGUCAGCAAGAAUACGUUUUUCGUCCUGGUGCGAGUGGUGGAUGAAUUAUGUUUGGUAGAGCUGACCGAAGAGAUCCUGAAGCUACUGAUGGAGCUGGUCUUCCGUCUGGUGUGCAACGGAGAACUCAGCCUCGCCCGGGUCUUGCGCAAAAAUAUCUUGGACAAAGUCGACCAGAGGAAGAUGCUGCGUUACACCAACUCCAUCAAGCCUUUAGCGGCUCGAUGGGUGGCGGCCAGGCCUGGCACCCUCCAUGAUUUCCACAGCCACGAAAUUUCAGAACAGCUCACUCUCCUCGACGCAGAGCUGUUUUACAAAAUUGAGAUCCCUGAAGUAUUACUCUGGGCAAAGGAACAAAAUGAGGAGAAAAGUCCCAACUUGACACAGUUCACCGAGCACUUUAAUAAUAUGUCUUACUGGGUCCGCUCGAUAAUCAUGCAGCAGGAAAAGUCUCAAGACCGAGAGAGGCUGUUGUUGAAAUUUAUCAAAAUCAUGAAGCACUUACGGAAACUCAACAACUUCAACUCCUACUUGGCCAUCCUGUCGGCGCUGGAUUCGGCCCCCAUUCGGCGUCUUGAGUGGCAGAAACAGACCUCCGAGGGCUUGGCAGAGUAUUGCACCCUAAUUGACAGCUCGUCGUCCUUCCGCGCUUACCGAGCUGCCCUCGCUGAGGUCGAACCGCCUUGUAUUCCUUACCUGGGCCUGAUCCUGCAAGACCUGACUUUCGUGCACCUGGGAAACCCCGACUACAUCGACGGCAAAGUCAACUUCUCCAAGCGAUGGCAACAGUUCAACAUUCUGGACAACAUGAGACGCUUCCAGCAAGUGCAUUAUGACAUCAAACGCAACGAUGACAUCAUUUCCUUCUUCAACGACUUCAGCGACCAUCUGGCCGAGGAGGCCUUAUGGGAACUUUCGCUCAAAAUCAAACCCCGAAACAUAACGCGGCGGAAAACAGACCGAGAAGAGAAGACUUAGAAGGGGGGGCGGGGCGGGGGAAAGCAGGAAGUCCGAUUAGGCAUCCGAUUUAGGACUGGUACAGAGCGUCCCAGCCUUGGCACCCUGAGCAGAUCUCCAUCACUUCCUGAGCUGGUGGUGGUGGGAGAAUCUCCAAGUCCCUCUUGAUCUUUCUCCAUCACUUCUGGGCUGUUGUACAUCACCCUCCCGGUCCGGAAAAAUGAGGGGCGGAAGAGAAUCCGAAGAGGUGACUUUGCGCCUUGUCGAAUGUCAAGUGGUACUUGCACCCAAGGUGCAUGUGUGUGUGUGUGUGUGAGAGAGAGAGAGAGAGAGAGAGAGCCUACAUUUUUGCACACACUCAAGCGGAGAAAGGAGACGUGAACCAAGAUUUCCCGCACCCUGCCAUGGCGUAACCGUGGAUGGGGUUGGCCAAGGGCAUUUCCCGAAGAGCGCGCGCCAAGGAGAACCAUCUCAGAUACUUCCAAAACCUGGGGAAAACAAAGAGCCAAGGAAACUUGGGAAGGGUGGAAGGUAAACUCUGGACCUCCACCCCCUUCCCUGGCAAGAGAUGGUGUCGACACCACAACUCCUGGUGAAGUCGAUCUUCCAGAGCAGAGAAGGACGUUGUGAGGGGGCUUCCUCAAUCCGCUCUUCUCUCCAUCUCGUCCGAGAACUUGGAUGGCUUCCUUCUCCUCUCCACCCGGAAGUGGGGCGUCAUCUCUCAAACUCUCCACCCCGACGUCCGGAUUUCCACGUUGGGAAAACGGGGGGAGGAACGUCUUCCCUUGGCGAUGGUACUAAAAGCUUGUAAAGGCAGCGAACCUGUAGAAAAAAACACAGCCACCUUGUACAUAACGGGGGUUCUAGGACCGUUGCGUUUUUUUCCUUUCGAUGUGCAUGUUUGGAUUUUGCCCGUGGAUAUAUAUAUAUAUUUUCUUUCUUUCUUUUUGUUUUGUUUGAUUUUCGUUCUUUCCCCUUCCCCACUUUUUUUCUGGAGGGCCGUUUUGUCAUUUUGUUUGAGUUGUUUUUAGUUGGUUAUUAAUAUUAUUAUUAUUGUUAUUAUUAUUAUUUUGACAAGGAAUCGAUUUUGGUUUUUUAAAAAAAAAAGAAAAGAAAAAAGGAAAACGACUAGGGAAGAGACGAAACGAAUCUUUAGGCUGUGAAGACAUCAGCCCAAAAUUACGACAGAACUCAUCGUGGACAGAAAAUAAGCUGGGUUGGUUUGGAUUGUUGGGCUCCAGAGAUGAUGGCUAAACCUAAAUUUACUCCCGCCCAAUCGUUAAAACGAGAUAGAGAGUUCCCCCCCCCUUGAAUAUUCUCUCCCACAGCACCUUCCAGACGUGUUGGACUACCACUCCCAUGCUGCACAGCCUGCGUUUUAUUCUCCUCCAGCUUCCCUCGAGGCAUGCUGGAGAAAUUUCUAGGGCUCCUUCCAUUCUCUGCUCCUUGAAAUCAGAUGCCCGAGAUUUGUUUGUUUCCAAAAAGUGUUUGUUUUCUCCAUUUUUGGGAGGGUUGGGCGUUUGGGGGCGUAAUUCGUGCUUCGUGCUUUUGAUUUUUUUUUUUUCCUUUUGCUCAGUGGCCAGAACUAAGGUGUUCCAUCCUUUUCUAUCACUGCUACCGCCUUCUCUUCUCCUCUUUCUCUCUUUUUUCUUCUCUAUUGCUAUCAUCUCUUCCCCUUCUCUUUCUUUCUUCUAUUUUCCUGCCCCAUCUCCUAAACCACCAAAAGCAUCGUCCCUUCUCCUCUUCCUCCUUUCCCUCCUCUCCUUUCCCCCUCUCCUCCUCUUCCUUUUCCCAUCUCCUUUUCCCUCUCUCUCUUCCUCCUCCUUUUCCCCUCUCCUCCUUUCCCCCUUUCUCCUCUCCUCCUCCUCCUUUCCCCCUCUCCUCCUCCUUUUCCCGUCUCCUCCUUUCCCCCUCUCCUCCUCUUCCUUUUCCCAUCUCCUCCUUUCCCCCUCUCUCCUCUUCCUCCUCCUUUUCCCCUCUCCUCCUUUCCCCCUUUCUCCUCUCCUCCUCCUCCUUUCCCCCUCUCCUCCUCCUUUUCCCGUCUCCUCCUUUCCCCCUCUCUUCUCUUCCUCCUCCUUUCCCCCUCUCUUCUCUUCCUCCUCCUUUCCCCCUCUCUUCUCUUCCUCCUCCUUUCCCCCUUUCUUCUCUUCCUCCUCCUUUCCCCCUCUCUCCUCCUUUCCCCCCUCUCCUCUUCUUCCUCCUCCUUUUCCACUCUCCUCCCCCCACACGGCUCCCAUUUCUGAAUCUGACCCAUAGGCCUGAUUUUUUCCCCCUCUUCUUUAAUAUUCCUGCUACUUAAAACAGGGACAACGUUUGAUUUACUUCCUCCGGGAGCAGAGUUUCAUUUAAAUUGGUGUCCAGCUACAGCAGCACCGGUUUCUCAAUCUCACAUCAUUAACUCAUGAGUUAAUGACGCCAGCAUUGAGGAAGGAAGGAGUGAAAGGGGGGGGAAGGGGGGGUAGAUUCAGUUUGAUUUUGGAAAUCAAAAGAGAAAACCGGAUAAACUUUUACAAAAUUGUCCUCGGUUAUCUUAACUCAUCUACCAGCUCUCCUGAGCCCAACACUCUGUAUUUAUGGCUCAACAGUGUAGAUCCCCAAAUCUUGCAAAUAAAAAAAAAUCUGAAAA